UCCAGUGAUGAGUAGGCGUGGAUUGGAGAGAUUGUGAUGGGUUAGUACCCGCCGGUUGUGAUGGCUGCGACUUCAUGAGUUUGGUUCUGGUGCUGGUGACGAUGGUUUCUCCUGUUGUGGUUUCUCUAGUGGCGGCAGCAGCAGCGGCGAUGGGUCCUUUGUUUGCUCAGUAUGUGGAGGUGGCGAUGUUUCAGUUGCUCCUUCUGCUUCGGGAUUCGUCCGGUGGUGAUCCACCGCCAAAAGGUAGUUGUUAUGGCAGGUCGAAGGGAGAUUCUGAAUUGGAGCAUAUGAUGGUUGAGGGACAUCGAUGUAGUGAUCAUGAAUCCCUGUGAAAAAAAUUCAUCAUUGAUGAAGCGAAAAUCAUGUGGUAGACAAGAAGGGAGCAUCCAAACCAGACGAGAAUGGCUUGGCUAGGAGGAAUCUGUCUCCUCUUUGUUCUUUUACGAACCCUAAACAUAAAUGGAGAAAUCCAGCGGCGGCGGAAGGACAAAAUUAAAUUUGUGAUUUUUUA